GUGUCCGUGUGUCCGUGUGUCCGUGUGUCCGUGUGUCCGUGUGUCCGUGUGUCCGUGUGUGGAUCAGUCAGUUCGUGUCGUGUUGGAGUCGCUGGACGCGCUCAGAUGAAGCUCUCGGUGUUUCUGCCGCUGUUCCUCCUCCUGCCUCCAGGGGGCCUCAGCGCGGCUCCUGUCAGCUGCUACGACGACCGCGGGGCCCCUGUGGACUGGUUCUACGUUUACAAACUGCCCCGUGCGGUGGGCGGGGGGCAGGUGCGGGGGCAGGUGCGGGGGCAGGAGCAGGAGGAGGGGCUGAGGUACCUGCUGCUGGAGAAGGGCAGCGAGGCCUGGACAGAAGGCGCCACCAACAUCAACGACACCCAGGGAGCAGUGGGCAGAACGGUGGGACAGGUGUACGGAGACGGAGGCGGAGACGGACACGGACACAGACACAGACAGGUUUCUGACGUGGCCUACAUCCUCUACAACGACCAGAGUCCAGCGCCGGGGUCAGAGCGCCGACACUCGUCUGGACACACCAAAGGUGUGGUGGUCGUGGACGGACAGCGGGGCUUCUGGUUGGUCCACAGUACUCCUCACUUCCCUCCUCCGCAGCAGGUCGGUCGAUACUCGUACCCAGAGACGGGCCUCAAGAACGGCCAGAGCUUCCUGUGCGUCACUUACCCCCUGAAGAGCUUCGACACCAUCGGGGAGCAGUUGCACAUAAACCAGCCUCACGUGUUUGAUUGUCACGUCCCUGAUUCUCUGGCGUCGCUGGUUCCGUCGCUCGCCGCGUUGUGCCGAAAGUCCCGCCCUCCGCUUCUCCAGGCCCCGCCCCCUCUCGCUCCCGUGUCCAACCGCAGCGUCGUCCUGACGUCCAGCGGCGGCACGGAGUUCACCAGCUUCGCCAAAGGAGCCAACUUCAACAACGACCUGUACCACUCGUGGGUGGCUCCGGCCCUGGGGGGCCCUCUGCUGGUGCAGUUCUGGAUUCACUCGACUCGGGUGCUGCCGUCCGACUGCUCCGAGGGCGUCACCGUCCUGAACGUCCAGACUCUGUCCCCGGGCCCCGGCGCCAACUUCAGCACCGCCCUGGACCACUCCAAAUGGGCCGUGACGGGGGGCGGCGCCGGGGGGGGGUGGGCGUGCGUGGGCGACAUCAACAGGAACCAGGCGGAGGAACAGCGAGGGGGGGGCACCGUCUGCCUGAGGGACCCGCGCGUCUGGAAGGCCUACAGGAGCGCCGCGCUGGAGUGCCAGGACUGCAGCGGGCGCACCACCUCCUGCUGAGCCCAGGGACCCGCGGGGGUGACCUGUAUCAAAUCAAACCCAUAAAAUCUAAGUUUUAUUUGUAAUUGACUUUUUCACAUCGUCUGAAGUGUCUCGUUUGUAGAACUCACAUGUUUCUGUGUAAAUGUGUUUGAUCCACAAAAGAGAAACAUUCUUCAUGAACAAUUUGUCCACAAAUAUCAAGAGAAGAAAGAACAAAAGUUAAAGAAACAACGACGACACAACAAGAGUCACACAACAAACUCAACUCAUGUUCUGAUCCUGAACAAAACAGAAGGAACUUGUUCAGACUCGUUCUACUGUUAAUAUUAAAAAUAGAUUUGAUGAUGUGGAGAUUUGUAAAGAUCGAGACAUUUGUGAGUUUAAAUGUGACGCUUCUGAUCUCUUCAACAUCUCUAACAUUUCAUCUUUACUCACAUCUACAACUUUGACUGAAAUUCAUGAGCCGCAGGAAACUUCAGACGAUGUGAAAAAGUUCGAGAUGUUUGUUCUGUUCAGAUUUUCAGGAGAAAGUCUGAGUUUAAAUCAGGCUCAGCUCUGGGGUCACAUGACCUCUGGCCCCAACUCAGGUUUAGAGCAUUUUUAAAGUGAGAGGGUGAAACGAGGGGGGCCCCUGGGUGAAACGGGGGGCCCCUGGGUGAAACGGGGGGCCCUGGGUGAAACGGGGGGCCCCUGGGUGAAACGAGGGGGCCCUGGGUGAAACGGGGGGCCCCUGGGUGCACGGCUCCAGCGCUCACAGGAUCCUGUAGUGGCUCAUGUGGCUCUUUCUGUGCAGACUGUUUGUGUUUCUCUGUUUUUGACACAUUUUCUUCAUUUCUCUUGUGGAGUGUAGAGCAGUGCAGCGUUACUGCCCCCUGUGGGGCGGGAGUCGCCACAGCGACAAAGAUAUUUGAAAUAUGAAUUAAUAUAUUAAUAUAAUAUAAUCCUACAGAUUUAUCCAGACGAGCAACGUGAACAAAUGAACCACAAAGUAUUUUUGUCAUUUUCUAUUUUUAUAAGAUGUUUUAUAUUAAAGUUUUUUAUUGAGAGUUUGUGUCCAGAGAAAAGAAAGAUUAAAUUAAACUCUGAUGAUUUUUACAGUUUCUAAAACAGAAAUGUAUUUGUUUCUUUUUUAAAAAGAUGAACAUAGUUUUUUCUCGCCCUGAAUGUGUUUGAGUUCAGUAAAAGUCACAGUCCUGGUGGAUCUUCAAUCUGGACUCUGGACGUGUUUUACUGGAAAAGUAAAAAGUGUUGAUCUUAAUUCUCUCUUUUUCUUUUUUUUGCUUCUUUUGAAAGUUUCAGUGUUUUUGAUUCCAAAAAAUUAAAGGAUCUGUUCAGUC